AUUUGACUUUGUCUCACUAGUUUGCAUUUGUAUCCCAGAUUUGUGAAUAAUUCUGAUGGGCGCACGGCCUUACAGGUGACGCUGUUCUUUGGCCCCGAAAUGGACUGGACUGGCUGGACAAAUAUGUGGAGGACAGUGCUGAGAAAUAGUAACAUUUGGGUGGGUGCUUAUAAAUACGGUCUGAUCGGUUAGUUGGUCAGUAUCUGAGCUUGAAUUAAGCAAGGCAAUCAUGGAUAUGUCGGUGUUGUGGCUGUAUCUGCUCCUGGUGUCCGUCCUGCUGUUGUUCCUGGUGCCCACAGCCGAGUCAACUUUCCUUCUAUGGGCCUGCAUUUUCCGGCUGAAUAUCUGUCCGUUCCUCAUCACGACCACCCCCGCUACCAGUUCGACUUAAUGGAAUAUGAUGGAGAUGCGACAGGACCCGUCAAAACAAUAAUUAAUUAACUUUCCAUAGACGGCUAUAAAUAAAUGCA